AUGCCAGCAACACAUUCUCCAGAUUACUGGGACGACGAGUUCGACUUGGAUGAGGAGUAUUUUUCACGCACAUACAAGCCGCUAUCGAACCUUCCCACGCCUCCUCCCUCAUCACGCGACUCGCUGGCCACUCAGAGUCCCAGGUCCUCCCUGGAAGAUGGAGGGCUUCUCGAUUCAGCCUUGUUAGGCCCCGCGGUCCAUUUGGUCAAUCUAAUCCCACCCGCGGCUUCACUAGCAGUGCCGUCUGUUUCGCUCGUUCAUGAGAUGCUUGUCCGCUCCGGUCUGCCCAUGGAUGCCAUUGCCCUUGCCGUGUGUAUCAUGGACUCGCUCAGCUCCAAGUUCUCGCUGAAUUGGCGACUAGUUUGCCCCCUGGCGCAACGCGAGGCUGCUAACGAGCAGUCGAAGCGCCAUACGCUCCCUGCGAGCCCCGUGUGCACUACCCAGCUGCUGCACAUCGACUCGGUCAACCCAGAAGUCAUUGUCCUGGCGGCGCUCAUCAUUUCAGCCAAGUUUCUAGAGGAUUGCCAGGAACGCACGCAGUACUACCGCUCAGCGUGGGGGAAGGACAUGUGGACGUGCGACCAGAUUAAUGCCACGGAAAGGUGCAUUAUGGAGAGCCUGGGAUACCGGAUUCUGCCGCUGUGGGAUGCAGCUCUCAUUGGCGACGCACUCAACGACAUGCAACGUGCCGGGAGACACGCAGCGCUUGCGCCGCAACCCAGGAAUGGGGAGCAUCACAAGCGCUCCGCAAGCUCGGGCGAGGCCUUGUCAGGCCAUGUUCUGCCGCCGACACCGGCAGAAACGCCGAUGUGGGGGACAGGCCGUCUCCCAUACUCCAACCAGGAAGACCUCAGAGCGGGAUUCGGCGGCGACCAGAUUGCUUGCUCAGCGUUGGCCUUGCCCCCACGUGCGAAGAGAAAGGGGGUGACGAGGUCUGGAUGA